UGAAUUUAUAAAAGUUUGCAGACAAAUAGGGGGAAAAAAAAUCAUGAAGACAAUUCAUUUCAUGGCAAUCUGUUUCGGCAUGGUGACCAUUGCUAUAGCUUAUCCACAAAGGGCUCAAAUUCAAAGGCUGCCAUACUACCACCCACCGCCAUUUGUAGCAGACCCCACACAUCGCCUUAGGAGAUCAGCAGAUAAUGUGCCCUUAAGCAAAGGCGUUUCGAUAACCUCUAACUCUGCCUCGGGAAAUAUUUAUUCGGGAACCUCAAAUAAAGUGGGAGCAACAGUAACCCAAAGUCAAACUCAUUUUCCUUCGGGGAAAAUUGCAGAGGGCUCAAGUGGCUCCAUUGAUUGGUCCAAUGCGCAUGGGGUGGGAGCCUCCGUUAGCAGGGACAUAAAUAAAGGCGUCAGUGAUACUUUUAGCAAAUCCUUGAAUGUGAAUCUCUUUCAAAAUGACAACAAUCGCCUGGAUGCCAUCUAUUCGCAAUCGCAUAUCAAACAGGACAAUGGCUUCAAGUUUGAUAGAACAAGUGGCAAUCUUAAUUGGUCUAAUGCGGGUGGGCAUGGUGCCAAUGCAGGACUCUCACGUUUCGAGGGAUUUGGCAAGCAAGCCACGGUGGGAGCUCAUACCAAUCUGUUUACCUCCAAUGAUGGUAACACGCGCAUCAAUGCUUAUGGGAGUGGUUCAAAAUGGCUCAGUGGUCCUAUGGAGAAUCGCCAGGAAUUUGGUGUUGGCAUAAGCGGGAGUCAUAGUUUUUGUGGUUAAUUUUAAGGAUGC